CGGUGUAAAGUAUUUCAAUUGAAAAUUUAAUGAGGUAUACUGUUACUCACUCUCACUACUUAUACUCUCUUUCUUGUGCUGCCGAGUGUCGUAUAGCUUAAUUUACCGCGACUGAGGGAAGGCCCUUUUACUUUAUUAGUUUUUCUCACCACCAUCCAACUACGACUUGUCAAGUCCUGUUCAAAGGCUGCGUCAGACGAAGCUGUCCAGAUUUCCGGGAAUUUUCCGUACUUCCAUAUUAUAUACUAUGCUAUAUAUAGUUUGGUUACAAUAGACCACAAUUAAAGAAUGAAGAAACCGAAGAUUCAAUGCGAAACGAACCUAGGAUAAAAGCGAUUUUGUAGUGAUUAACAGCAUAGUGAUUUAUAGCUUUAUCUACAAAAACGUGUUUGUUAAUGAAUUAGAUUGCAUUACUUAUUGUGAUAUCAUUCGUAAGGUUAAUAAAUAAGAUACAAGUGCAAUUUUCUCUGCAUCAGCGAUGACUAGAAAAGGUGGAAAAAGAAAUAAAGCAGGCGAAGGGAAUCCUCCUGCUCAUUCUACUCAAGGUGAAUCUAGCUCACAACAAGGGCCACAAGCCCAAGGUGGACUCUCACAGCCAACUCAACCUGCUGCUCAGCAGCAGCAGCAGCAGAGACCUCAGUCUCAACAAACUCAACAGCAGCAGAGACCCCAGUCUCAGCCAACUCAACAUGUGCUCAACAGCCUCAGCAGCAGCAGAGACCCCAGUCUCAGCCAACUCAACAUGUUGCUCAGCAGCAGCAGCAGAGACCUCAGUCUCAACAAACUCAACCGCAGCAGAGACCCCAGUCUCAGCCAACUCAACAUGCUGCUCAACAGCCUCAGCAGCAGCAGAGACCCCAGUCUCAUCCAACUCAACCUGCUGCUCAGCAGCAGCAGCAGCAGAGACCUCAGUCUCAACAAACUCAACAGCAGCAGAGACCCCAGUCUCAGCCAACUCAACAUGCUGCUCAACAGCCUCAGCAGCAGCAGCAGAGACCCCAGUCUCAGCCAACACAACAUGUUGCUCAGCAGCCUCAGCAGCAGCAACAGGGACAUAAUGUUGGGCAAGGCAAAGGAAGAGGCAGAGGCCGAAACCAACAAAGACCCACAAGUCAGUCUGUAGGAAUGGCACCUCCACAAGCUG